AUGUCCAAGCCCGUCGAGUUCCAAGUGUUAUUGGCCAAUUUGGAGCCAAGUAGGAGCCAUCCAGCCGCGUAUAAAUCCGGCAUAACGUCCAACACUUACUCUCUCUCCUCCCUCCAGACCAAAGUCCAAUCUCACAUCUCCGAAACGCACCCCAAAUCUCCCAGCAACAUCUCACCCGCCUUCCAAAACACAACCCUCCAACUACCCAACACCAUCAACCAACCAACUCAACAGACGAAAAACCCCGCCACCACCAACGCCACCAUGUCCUCCACCACCACCUCCAACAUCCCCCUCCCCCCGACCCUCCGCUUCCGCCCCCUCCCCGCCCCACUCCCCGCCAACCUCUCCACCACCACCGCCGCCUCCAACAACAACAACCUCCCCAUCAUCCGCCAAACCCCCACCACCCCCGUCCCCUGCCGCCGCUGCCUCCGCGACAUCCAACCCGGCACGCCCGCCCUCCUCCUCUCCUACGACCCCUUCCCCAUCGCCACGCAGACGCCAUACCGCGGCGCGACCGCCAUCUACCUGCACGCCGAGGACGGCACCGCAGCGGAAGAAGGCGGCAAAGACGACGACGGCAGAUGCCGGCUCGCGGACGUGGCGCGGGAUUUCGGAGGCAUGGUGCCGCAGCAGCAGGCGGGGCGGAGGGUGGAAGCGAGGGCGUAUGAUGGGGAGGGGAUGAUGGUGGGGUGGGAGGGGGGCGUGGGGGGGAGGGAUGUGGUGGGGGUUUGUGAGGGGUUGUUGUUGGGUGGGAGGGCCGAGUAUGUGCAUUUGUAUUAUGCGGGGCCGGGGUGUUUUGCUGUGAGGGUGGAGAGGGGUGGGAGGGAGGGGGACGGAGUUUAG